UAGGUCAACCGAAUGCAGGGUCAAUCCAUAUCGGUUGAAUGCAUGAGGCGAUCCUGGUUUCCUCGAUGUCGUGUUUUAACAAUAGAUUUCUAGCAAGUUCGUGAGUGAAUUAAAGUAGUGACCGAUUUGAUCGACCCCUUUCAAUGGCGCCACCAGAGACUUCUUGUAAGGUUUCAUUUCGGCAGGGAGCCACGAGAACAGGAAAGAUAUACGUAAACAAAUGUUGAAGUUCCUCUUCCAUAACUGAACUUCAAAUAAACAAAAUACGUCUUAGAGAUUAUUAAAAAUUUAGUUAAACAAGUGAACAUCGGGUAAAAUGUCCGGGCCAAUAGUGUUGUGUCAACUUUGGUUGGGAGGGUUGGAACCGUAUAUGACGGAAAGCUUUAUCAUGAAUGCAUUUCACAAAAUGGGGGAACAACCUCAGACGGUCAAAGUUAUGAGGAACCGCUACACCGGCGAACCGGCAGGUUAUUGUUUCGUACACUUCCCCACAGAUGAAAUGGCCCUGGAUGCAAUGCACAAAUUGAAUGGAAAAGUCAUUCCAGGAUCCAAUCCAGCUGUAAGAUUCCGACUGAAUCAUGCCAGUACCACAGGAAAGCCAGCAGCGGACAGGGAAUUCAGCAUAUGGGUCGGAGAUUUAUCUACCGACGUUGAUGACUACUCACUCUACAGAGCUUUCGCAGCAAAAUAUAAUUCAAUUAGAACAGCCAAAGUCAUUUUAGAUAGCUCUGGAUUCAGUAAGGGAUAUGGCUUCGUCAGAUUUGCGAAUGAGGAGGAACAAAAAAGCAGUUUAGUGACGAUGAAUGGGUACAGGGGGCUGGGGACCAAAGCUCUGAAAAUUUGUAAUGCCGUACCUAGGCCUUGGAAUAAAUUAGCAGGUUCAACUCCUCCUCAAAUGUCUUCGGAGUACUCUUCAACAAAUGUCAGCAGUGAUUCCUAUAAUUAUUACGAUACUUCUUCCUACUGGAAUAGCUACAGUGCGUGGCAGCAGGGUUACUACGAGAGCGAACCCACUUCUGAUAACUACAGCAAUUAUGUUUCUGAGCCAAAACCUGAGGAGGAUGAUUUAGAACUCAUUGAACACUCACUACCAGUGGAUAUUGAUAAGCUUAACAGAGACAUAAUUGAGCAAGACUAUAACAUGUGGGAUGCUCUGGAGAGCUCCAAAUGGAUUCCAUGUGAUACCCUUGAAUUGUGCUAUUAAUGAGUACCUAUGCUAUACCUACAACUUCCAAAAACCAUUUUAAUCUAAUUUUAAUUUUGUAAUUAAGGAGAAAAACAAAUGGAGUAAAUGAAUAAAUACAUUAACGAUUAA